AUGCUGUGGAAAGCAGACAUAUACGUUACUUCGGAGCCUGCUGCACCGUCCGCCACGGCACUACCCGCCAUCCUGGAGGCAUUGGAUAGCCAUUACUCUCCAAAGCCGUCACAAGUGGUCGCUCGCUACAAGUUCAACACAAGGGUUCGUCAGGAAGGCGAAGCCACACGACUACUCGAAGUGCCAGAUCUUACCCUAGCCAUUGCAAAGAAGACUGUUGUCGCAAUUGAAGCUGCACGAAACGAUUCCAGAGCGCUGUCCACACAAUCCGAGGGCACAGCUGCGAAUUUUGUGAAGAAUAAGUCGACAGGAAUAACGUGUUACCGCUGCGGUGAUAAGCAUUUGGCGACACAGUGCCGACAUCGUAACACAGUUUGUCAUAGCUGCGGGAAAAAAGGUCACCUGGCGAAAGUUUGCCAAGGAAAAGCAAACAAGAAGAAAGAACAGGUGGAAGACAAGAAAAAGUCUGACAAAAAGAAACCAGUAAAUGCCGUUGAAGAUCCAUCUGAAGACGAAGAAGCUACUUCUGUGUCUCAAGUGUUCGAUCUCUGGAAUGCGUCGGAUCGAAGCGAUCCGUUUCGCGCGCACGUCGUCCUGGAUGGUGUUCCGUUGGAAAUGGAACUCGAUACAGGUGCUGGAGUAUCUAUCAUUGGCGAAAAUGUUCUGCGCAAGGUUCUUCCCCAUGCAAAGCUUGAGACUUCCAACGUACUGUUGCGAAGCUAUUCUGGUGAACUAACUCGUGUGAGGGGAUGCGUGAACGUUCAAGUGAAGUUCCGUGACAAGCAGGAGUGCUUACCACUCUACGUGGCGCCGGGUUCUUGCCCAAAUCUUUUCGGCCGCACUUGGAUGAAAGCUUUUGGCAUGGCUCUGACAGCAGAGGACACACACGUCUGCGUGGUCUCAACUGUUGAGAACGUUAUUGCUAAGCAUCAAGACGUUUUUUCAGACACUUUGGGUACCCUGAAGGAUGUCACAGCGAAACUACAAAUUCAGGACGGCGCACGCCCAAGAUUCUUUAAAGCGCGUGCAGUACCGUUUGCUCUUCGAGACCGAGUCGCCGAGGAGCUACAACGUAUGCAGCGUGAAGGCAUUAUGGUUGAGGAACUGUUCGCUAAGCUGUCAGGAGGAAAGAAAUUCAGUAAGCUUGACCUCAAGGAUGCUUACCAACAAAUACUGCUGGACGAAGAGUCCAAGAACCUGGUGACCAUCAACACUCAGAAAGGGUUGUAUCGGUACGUAAGGCUACCGUUCGGUGUUUCUACGGCACCAGCGUUAUUUCAACGAAUAAUGGAAAACCUGCUGCAAGAUCUGCGUGGCGUCGUGGUUUACUUCGACGAUAUCCUUGUCACUGGAAAGGAUGACGACGAUCACAAGAAGAACUUGGAUAUUGUACUGCGAAGGCUUGAAGAGGCUGGACUACGAUUGAAACUUGAAAAGUGCAUUUUUAUGGCCCCUAGGGUGCACUAUUUAGGUCACGUAAUCACGGAGGCGGGGUUACAUCCUGAUCCAAAGAAGGUAGAAGCUGUGCCGAAGGCGCCAGCGCCAACGAAUGUGAAAACGUUGCAGAGCUACCUGGGGCUAGUGAACUAUUACAGGAAGUUCUUGCCUGAUUUGUCGACAGUACUGCAUCCUCUAAACAAGUUACUGGGAGCAAAUGCGCCAUGGACUUGGGGCACCGAGCAGCAGCUCGCUUUCCAAAAAAGUUAG